GCAUAUAAGUUUUAAAUGACUGGUGGAAAUGUGCUAGUUUCUCAUGCAUUAAUGCAUUCAAGUUUUUAAGUUUGUGUCAUUAUCUCUCUGGGUAUAUAGUUAAUUAGCUAAUUAUUCCAAAAUGUAGAUGACCAAUAACUAUACAGAGUAAUUAUACCAAGAGCUUGAAUUUAAAGUCUCCUGCUAUAGUCUAACUUUUCACUGGUCCAUACAUGGCGUGGGAAUUUUUAGUACUUAGGUUGGCAUGAAUUGGAAGUUUCAGAUGUUUGUUGGCCAACCAUGAAAUUGGACAUUCCAUAUAUCUCUAUUCUUGACUUCAGGGUGUCUAUAUGUGUCUCAGAUUUUCUGAGAAUAUCGAUACCAACUCUAGGUUUCACCAGUGUUCACUCUCCCAGGCUCCCCACACCUUGCUCUCCUCCUGCAAUUUCAUCCUUUUUAGAUGAUUUGAAAGUGAAAAUUGAACCAUGCUUAUGCAGUUUGGAGGGGUUCAAGAUCAGUGAAAUUUUAAGAGGAAAGCUCUUGUCCCUAAUGAAGGUUGGUAACAAAUGAAGCUCCAAACCAAAGUCGUUAUUGCUUGUCUCCUCAGCUUGAUCUGGAUUCAGCAAAGCCAUUGUGGUGAACUUUCUGAUACUUCUGGAGUAAACAAAUGGACAUGUAAAUGUUCUUCUACAUAUCAAGGAAACCAGAGCUAUGCUCUUAAAUCCAACUGUUCCACUUCCUGUGAUUGCCUUCCAGAUGCUGGAGGAAGUGGGGGCACAUGGACAUGUACCUGUGCUGCUGACGGUUUCCCUAAAGUAGCUUCUAACAAUGUUGAUACUAAUUGUUUUACAGCCUGCAACUGCACUUCUGGAUCUCUCAGCACGGCGCAAGUCUCAAAAAAGCACAUUUCAAGCAAAGUUGUUGUUAUUGUUCUACUACUAUGUGUCAUACUCACAACUUUUGCUUUUCUUUCCUCUGCUAUGUGCUAUUUCUAUCGAAGGGACAAGUGCCAUCUUCAACCACCAACUCUCUUAUUUGAUAAAGAAACAAGUUUCAAUAGUGCUACCAACUUAAUAGGUCGUACAACUUCUUCCGCUGUAGAAACCCAUGUUACUAUUGAUUCCCGCAUAUAUCCUUCCACAGGGUGCUUUCAGAAGGCUUCUUCUUUAUUUAGAAACCAAAGGGGGAAUAUACAUGGAACAAUUGUCCGGUUUUCAUACUCUCAAUUGGAAAGUGCAACUGAAAAGUUCUCAAACUCUAACCUUAUAGGAGUUGGAGGAAGCAGCUCUGUUUAUCGUGGUCAGCUCAAAAACGGAAGAACUGUUGCAAUUAAGCGACUAAUAACUCAGGGUGGACCAGAUGCAGACUCUCUAUUUUUAACAGAGAUUGAACUGUUAUCCAGACUUCACCAUUGUCAUGUGGUGCCUUUGCUUGGCUACUGCUCAGAAUUUCUAGGAAAAGAUGCUGAGAGGCUACUGGUAUUUGAGUACAUGCCUAAUGGUACUUUAAGAGAGAGCUUGGAUGGUUACUUAGGGAAAAAUAUUGAUUGGGCUACUCGAGUUACAAUUGCAAUUGGUGCUGCAAAGGGCUUGGAAUAUCUUCAUGAAGCAGCUGCUCCAAGGAUUCUGCAUAGUGAUGUCAAAUCAACAAACAUUCUUCUGGAUGAAAAUUGGAGGGCUAAAAUAACUGAUCUUGGCAUGGCUAAAAGCUUAAGAGUGGAUGGUCCACCCAGCUGUUCCAGUUCUCCAGCAAAAAUGCAGGGGACUUUUGGUUAUUUUGCACCUGAGUAUGCAAUUGUUGGAAAGGCCUCUCUAAAAUCAGAUGUUUUCAGCUUUGGGGUAGUUCUUCUUGAGCUUAUUAGUGGCCGGCAGCCCAUCUAUAAAUUGGCAAGCAAAGCAGAAGAAAGCCUUGUCAUAUGGGCUACCCCUCGUUUACAAGACAGUAGGCGAGUAAUUACAGAGUUGCCUGAUCCAUGUUUAAACGGGAAUUUCCCAGAAGAAGAGAUGCAGAUAAUGGCUUACCUAGCAAAGGAGUGCCUGUUACUGGAUCCUGAUGAUCGACCAACCAUGAGUGAGGCUGUUCAAAUACUAUCAACUAUUGCACCUGAGAAAUCUAGAAGGAGAAAUCUUCCUGUAAAUUUUUAUCAGACUCAUGGGAUGAAAAGUGAAUUGUACAUUCAGAGACCUAACAACCAAGUAGAGGGUAGUGAUGCAGAGUCUCAGAUGCCUGCCCCAGCCAGUAAACGGUCAAAUCGCUGUUCACUACAACUUUCAGGCCCCAUUGAUACAGAGGAGAUAAGGCCAGCCUCAUCGAGUAAAGAAUCAACUGAGAGUUCACUGCCAGUAGAUAUUGACAGAAUGCUGCGUGUUGGAAUCAACAGAGAAGCAGACACUGUUUCCACCAAUUUUAUAGAGAAGUUGAUCCUCUUGACUUCCAAUAGUAGGAGUUGGCAUGCCUCAGAUGAUGAACCAGUGGACUUAACUGAGCCACGGCUUGAAUCAUUCCGCGUGGCCAAUAAGACCCUUUGACAAAAACUACCUGACAUGUGCACAGGGCUUAAGUAAAAGAGGGAAGAAAAAAAAAAAAAAUUUCCUGGUAACAUAUGGUUUGUGGUUGUACAAGUUUGUUAAAGCAUUUACUUGGUUGAAGAUUGUUCAGAGGAUUUCAUAUAGGAAGCAAGCAGAUUUUUAGUUAGUUUUUUCCCCCUUUAAAGAAGAAGAGCAAAUUAUAGGCUAUCUUGUUAGAUGAUCAUAUAAGUUUCUCUGUUGUAUUUUAUGUAUUUUAAUUGUUUAUGUACAGAUGGAAUAUAGAAAAUUCAAAUGGUAUGUUUGGAGAUGGAUCA